AUGAAAUCAAACACUGUUUUAACUCGCAUGAAUAUGUGUCGAAAAUGGUUUGGUGCUCUUUGGCUUUUAAUCGAAAUGAACAUUGCCAGUGCGAAUAUAUUUGGUUUCGCUGCACUUUUUAAAGUCUUACCACAGUAUGGGAUAUUCGAUGAAUAUUGUCAUUAUUUUGAUGGUAUGAAUUCGACAGAACGUGAUUGUUCACGUCAAACACACCAAUAUGAAAAUGCAAUGACAUUAGGCAUUAUUUUUUUUAAUGUGCCAUCAAUGUUUUUCGGAAUGAUAAUCGAUCGUUUUGGUUGUCGUUUUAUGAAGUUAGUUUUUCAUAUCGUGGGAUGGUUAUCAUUGGCUCUUUUAAAACCUGGUCAUGAUUUACUUCUAUUUGCUCACACAUUUUUUACAGCACUAUCUGGAAUAAUUGUGUUAAUAACAAGUUAUGCAUCAUCCAACUAUUUUUCAAAAUCAAGCCCAAUUCUAUUAACAUUACUCAUUGGUUCGGGCUCAUCUUCUUCGAUAUGGUAUUCAAUUUUUCAAGUCAUUGUUGAUCAUAAUCUAUUAACAUUGUCACAAUUAUCUUAUAUUUGGAUGUCACUCGGUGCACUUCUGUUUUUAUCAUCGUUUUUAUUUCUUGAUUGGAAAAUUUCAAUACUCAACCUUCCAUAUAAAUUCAAUGAUGGAUCAAAUCAAAUUCCAUCAACAUCAAAAAAUAUUAUUUCUAAAGUAAUAGAUACUCCCUGUGAUACAAAAUGGUAUACAAAAAUUUAUCAACGGAUUGGUCUUUGGCAGCAUUUAACGAAUCCCUUAUAUGUAUUAAAUGUUUUGUACUUAGGUUUUUUAAUGAUGCCGACGAUUCUUCUAUCUAUUAUUUGGUAUCCAUGGGUCUAUUUUCUCAACGGCAAUGAUAAAGCACAAGCUGAUAAAUACACAUUUGCGCUCAAUAUGUCAGCGGUAUCACAAAUUGUAUUGUGUCCAAUUAUUGGUUUAUUACUUGCAUUUGGAACGCAUCGCGGUAUGUAUUAAGACAUGUCGAGUUCAUGCUAUAUAACGGGUGUCCCAGAAUAAAUUAUACCAUUCGUAUUUUGAGUAUAACUCUUCUAUUAUCCAUUAGAUCGGGACAUCUUUUUAUACUAAAAGAUAGCGCUUGAAAUUCUCUACAAAAUU